AUGGCCACGCUCCUCUCUCGUUCGCCUCGGCGCCUCCUCCGCUUCCUCAAGCCCCAAACCCUACUCUCCCCGAGAUUGACCUCGUCUUCCCCUCCCCACGAUCUGCCGGCGAGGAUUCAGCCGCUGGGACUCAGAGAGUCGGGAUGGAGUGCGCCGCCGCAGUGGCAGUGGCACCGGCACCGCGCCCUAUGGACAUACUCCAACCCUCAGAACUCCGGGGCCUGCGACGCUGGCCUGGCCGCUGCUCCAGGCGCAUCGUCCCUCCCGUUGCGCAUGAGAAGGGGUCGCGCGUCGUCGAGCGACGCCGCCCAGGUGUCCGCCAAGGAAGGAGAUGGAGAUCCUGAGACAAGUUUGUGUAGCAAAGCCAUUAAAAUCAUGACGUACAAUGUGUGUUUCGGGAAGGAUUAUGAACUGCACAGCAGGAUUCUUGCUCUUGGAAAUAUUAUUCAGCACCACAGCCCAGAUCUUAUAUGCCUCCAGGAGGUUACACCAGAGAUACAUGGGCUUCUGCAAAAAUCCGCCUGGUGGCCAGAAUACAAAUGCUUCAUGUCUCGUAACAUGGAAUAUUACAUGGAGGGGGACAUGGCCCGUUCCAAUAUGGGGAAACCAUUGUCGAAACGAAAAAAAUAUAUGGAGAGAUCAUAUUUCUGUAUGCAGGUAUAG